GGAUAUAAUUUAAUGGGAAAAUAAUAUGCCAGAGAACCUGCAGUAGCAAAACAAUCAGCCAAGGCCAAAGCUAGUGAUUUAAGAACUCAUUUCAAGAACACAUAUGAAGUAGCAAGAGCAAUCAAGGGAUAAACACUUGCUUAGGCUCUUAAAUACAUGCAAGAUGUCCUUUAACAUAAGAGAUGCGUUCCAUUCACCAGAUUCAAUGGUGGGGUUGGUAGAACAGGAUAAGCUAAAGAAUUUGGCAGAUCCCAAGGUAGAUGGCCAGAGAAAAGUGUUAGAAUUGUAUUGUCUCUCUUAUAAAAUUUAGCAGCUAAUGCUUAAGUUAAAAAUUUGAGCAAUGAAAAAUUGAUCAUCAAUCAUGUUCAAGUUAACAGAGCUCAAAAGGGAAGACGUCGAACAUACAGAGCUCACGGAAGAAUCAAUCCAUUCCUAUCAUCAAAUGCACAUAUUGAAAUUUGGGCAGCUUAAAGAGAUGAGAAUGUUAAAAAGGAAGCCAAUAAUAAAGUUGUUGCUCGUUAAUCCAGAAAACAAGCAGCUAGAUCCAAAUUAGCAAUUGGUGCAUGAGAUAUAUUAGUAUAUUAAAUAAUAAAAUAAAUAGAUUUUACACAUUUCAUAC